AUGGACAGCAUUCGUGCGAAGAUCAAGCGUCGUCUCAGUCAUAAAGACAAAGAAGCAGCCAACUUUGACGAACACGACUCAGCUGAUGAAGAGACUAUGGACUACGUGAACAAGGAAGCCGAGGAUGCCGAGAGGGAGAACCAGGACUACGGAAAGCCAGGAAGCUUCCUGAACCGAUUGAUUGUCAGUGGCCGUCCUUUCUACGAAGUGCCGUCGGACCUGACACAGAGCUAA